AUGUACGCCGCUCUCGGGAUUGAAAAAGACGACGACGAAGACGAAGCCUUUGUUCUGGAUGAGGAGGAUGAGGAAGACAACGGCGACGAAGAGGCGGAGGAUUGCUACCAAGAGGAGGAAGACGAAGAAGAGCUUUCUGCUGGGGAUGAAACCCAAUCUUUCGCGAAAAAGCGUAAGGCGGAGCUGCAGCUUCACGAGUCUGUCGACGCUGAUUCGGCCCCGCGUUUAUCCAAGCGGAACAAGCAGUACAUACCGCGGAAGCGAUCAAGCAAGCACCUUGACAAGUUGCGGGAGAUCAACGAGGAGCGCGAAGAAAUUAUCAACCCCGUUCCGCCCUUUACCCCAGCGAUUAUCAAGAGUUGGAGCAAGUUCAACGCACACUCGAAAAUAUACAAGCAGAAGCACCACCUCAAGUUUCGAGUACGAAGCUCGGAGACACGAAAGCAGUACAACAGGUAUGUGUGA